UUCAGUUAUCUGUCUAUAAAAUGGUACCGUCAGAGUAGUGUUCAUUACAACAAUCAAUCCAACACCUGUGGAAAGCUGCUCAUCCAUGGCUUCCUUUCUGCUACUGCUUCUGUUUCUGUUCUCCUUCCUAUCUUGUCCCCUCAUCUCUUCCACAUCACCGCUUCAAACCCCCAAGCACUACAUUGUUUAUAUGGGAAGUUCAAGGAAUGAUCACAAGGGAGAAGAAGGUGCCAGACUUGCAGAGUCAGCCCAUUGGCAUUUAUUGUCAUCCAUUAUACCCAGCCAGGAGACUGAAAGAAUAUCUUUAAUCCAUUCUUAUCACCAUGCUUUUAGAGGGUUCUCUGCAAUGCUUACUGAGCAUGAAGCUUCCUUGUUAUCUGGCCACUCUGAGGUCCUCUCUGUCUUUCCUGACACGGUUCUUCGACUCCACACAACUCGUUCUUGGGAUUUCUUGGAUGCUCAAUCUGGCAUCGCAUCAAGGCUUGGUUAUUACCAACACCAUCACUCAUCGUUGCAUGAUGUUAUAAUUGGAGUAAUAGAUACAGGCAUAUGGCCUGAAUCUCCAAGCUUUAAUGAUGACCACAUGGGGAAAAUUCCUUCAAGAUGGAAAGGAGUUUGCAUGGAGGGAUUUCAAUUUAACAAGUCUAAUUGUAACAGGAAGUUGAUUGGUGCAAGAUUCUAUGAUGUCCUGUCGAAGUUCCCAGGCUCACCAAGAGAUGAUGCUGAGGGACAUGGGACGCACACUGCAUCUACUGCAGCUGGUUCACCAGUUGCAAAUGCUAGUUUUUACGGUUUGGCUAGAGGUACAGCGAGAGGUGGGGCUCCCUCUGCUAGGAUUGCAAGUUAUAAGGUCUGUUCAGAAAAUGGUUGCUCAGGUGCUGCUACACUAAAGGCCAUUGAUGAUGCUAUUAUGGAUGGAGUUGACAUAAUAUCAAUUUCAAUGGACGCUAAUAGUCAGGUGGAAUUUUUAGAAGAUCCCAUUGCCAUUGGAGCAUUCCACGCUGAGCAAAUGGGGGUGAUGGUAAUUUGCUCUGCCGGAAAUUUUGGUCCAGAUGCAUACACCGUUUCUCACACAGCUCCAUGGAUCCUUACAGUUGCAGCUUCAAGUAUUGACAGGGAUUUUCAGUCCAGGGUGAUGCUUGGCAAUGGAAGAACUAUUAAGGGAUCUGCAAUCAAUUUUUCAGGUCUCACACGCUCAAAGAUGUAUCGGCUGGCACUUGGAGAGCAUGUUGCUAUUAAUAAAACUCUUGUAUCAGAUGCAAGGAAUUGCGUUCCAGAUUCAUUAGACUCAAAAAAAGCUUCAGGAAAGAUAAUCAUUUGUGUUACUAGCAACCAAGAUAUUCCAACAACUGACAGGGCAUUUGCUGUAGAAUCUGUCAACGCCAAGGGGUUGAUUUUAGUUGGCGAAAACACAGAAGAUGAAACUUAUAAUGCAGGUUCUUUUCCUCUGACUCAAGUUGAGAAGCAUGAAGGGCAUCUGAUCUUCAACUACAUGAAGUUCAGCAAGAAACCUGUAGCAACUAUUCUUCCUUCGGUUGAUGUCUUAGGGAUUAGACCAUCACCAAUUGUUGCAUCCUUCUCAUCAAGAGGCCCUGGAAACUUUACAGAAAACAUCCUCAAGCCAGAUAUAAUGGCUCCAGGAGUGGACAUUUUGGCAGCAGUUCCUCCUGUGACGGAUGAACCAGGUCUUCCCAGAGGGACAUCAAUUUUUGGCAUUAAAUCUGGAACCUCCAUGGCCUGCCCCCAUGUAUCAGGGGCUGCUGCUUUUAUAAAAUCAGUGCAUCCGCAUUGGAGCUCAUCAAUGAUCAGAUCUGCUCUCAUGACAACAGCAACCAUUUCUAACAACAUAGGAAAGCCAUUGACAAACACCUCAAGGUAUCUUGCAAAUCCACAUGAAGCUGGCGCAGGAGAAAUAAGUCCAGCCAGGGCUCUCGAUCCAGGCCUAGUCUUUGAAACCACAGAAGAAGAUAAUCUCCGUUUCCUUUGUUAUUACGGAUACCCGCAGGAAAGAGUAAAGAACAUGACGAAGACAAAAUUCAAAUGCCCAAAGAAAUCUCAAGAAGAGCUUAUCUCAAGUAGUAUCAACUACCCAUCAAUCUCCAUAGGCAAGCUCGAUCGAACCCAGGCAGCUCAGAUCAUUAGAAGGAAGGUGACUAAUGUGGGGUCUGGAAAUGCGUCGUACUAUUCCAGAGUGCAUGCUCCAAAGGGAUUACUGGUGAAGGUUUCUCCAAAGAAAAUAAAUUUUGAUGAGAGCAAGAGAAAGGCAUCAUUUAGAGUGUUGUUUAAUGGCAAGAAAGCUCACAAGGGAUAUCAUUUUGGACAUGUAAUUUGGUCUGAUGGCCAUCACAGAGUUCGUGUCGUUUUUGCAGUUAAUGUUGAAUAGGAGUCUAUAUGUACUUCUGCAAAUCUAUUUUUCCCUUUUCUCUAUUAGAGAAGAGAGAGAAAAAGAGGGGAAAAAAUAAUUUUAAGAAAUUAAGGGAUGAAACUGUAUACAAGUAAAAUAUUUAAGUAUUAAAUAGUAAUUUUAUUUUAAA